AUGACUCAACAGCGCAACAAUCUGGCUCUGCGGGGCAUUAACCCUUCGUUCCGCCUGGAGAAUGAUGCUGAAGUGAAUUACACCCUUCCUUUGGAUGAAUUCCAAAAAACACUUGUCCAACAGACAGCUGCCCGAAAGGCAACCCGUGAAGCCACACUCUCCCUUCAACGGAUCGGAUCCUUGAUUUUUUCGAUCAGGUCCACCCUCGCAGCAGGGUGGUAUCAGCAACAACAACAGCAACAGCAACAACUUCACCAGCCAGUACAACAACAAGGCCAACAACAACAACAACAAUUUUCAACAAAACGCCCACAAGAAAAACUCCAACCCAUUUCGUCAGUAAAUCCAACAGCACCAACGUCAACCGCAACGGCAACAUCUUUACCAAUUCAAAUCAACAACAUAACAACCGAUCCAAUAGGUGGUCGGCUCAGCAAACAUUCUCAACAAUGGACAAAUAUCACCAACAAUUUCUUUGUUAUCAACACAGUUCAACACGGCUAUCAUAUUCCCUUCUAUACAACACCUCCAAUCACAACAAUACCAACAUCUAUUACCCCCUUUUCCGCAGACCAAGCUACUCUCAUCGACCAGGCCAUUCAAGACCUCUUGGACAAGUCAGCAAUCGAGAAGGUGUCUCCUCAUCAGGUACAACAGGUCCCAUGGUUUUACAGCUCAAUGUUUGUAAUUCCCAAGAAGAGCGGUGACAUUCGCCCUGUCUUCAAUUUGAAGAACCUCAAUCAGUAUUUAGACGCACCUCAUUUCAAGAUGGAAACUAUCCGAGAAGUAUCUCUGAUGAUCAAACGGAACGACUAUCUCGUCUCCAUCGACUUAUCCGAUGCCUUCCUUCAUGUAUGA